ACUCCAAGACAAUGUCACCCAUCCAGCAACAUCAAGCGGAGCUGUAGACAAUCAGGUCACAGCUACAAUCCGAGAGAAAAAAAGGAAAAGAAGUGUGGACGGGCUUCCAUUUCUGAAAAAGUUAUUUUACAACUUAGUACUCCCCCAGGGAACUUGCUGACAUGACCGCUUCCAUGGAUUACAACCUUCUCCCUAAGGAUCGCCAAACCAUGGACAACCUGGAAAAGCAGCUCAUUUGCCCAAUCUGUUUAGAAAUGUUCUCCAAACCAGUUGUCAUUCUGCCCUGCCAGCACAACCUGUGCAGGAAGUGUGCCAACGACAUGUUUCAGGCAUCCAACCCAUAUUGGCAGACACGUGGAGGGAGCAUGCUGGGGUCAGGGGGUCGUUUCCGAUGUCCGUCCUGUCGACAUGAGGUGAUUCUGGACAGACAUGGAGUCUAUGGAUUACAAAGAAACUUGCUGGUCGAAAACAUCAUUGAUUUGUAUAAACAGGAGUCUAUCAGACCUGUAAAGAAGAUUGAACUGCCUAUGUGUGAAGAGCACGAUGAAGAAAAGAUCAAUAUCUACUGCCUGACAUGUGAAGUACCCACAUGUGCCUUGUGUAAAGUGUUUGGGGCUCACAAAGACUGCGAGGUGGCUCCACUCAACAAUGUUCACAAAAGACAAAAGUGUGAACUCACUGAUGGAAUUGCAAUACUGGUGGCAAGCAACGACAGACUCCAGUCUGUGAUCGCUCAGUUGGAAGACACAUGCAAAAUCAUUGAGGACAAUAGUAGGAGUCAAAAAGAAACCAUGUGCGAAAAGUUUGAUGGUCUGUAUCAAAUCUUGGAGGAACGGAAAAAGAACAUGUUGCAAAAAAUUACAGUGGAACAGGAAGAGAAGACACAACAUGUGCGUUCGCUGGUGAAGCAAUAUGGAGACCACCUCGAGAUGGUGUCCAAGGUCGUUGAGUCUGGGCUGCAGUCCAUGGAGGAGCCUGAGAUAUCUGUCUUUAUACAGAACGCCAAGCCUCUCCUCAAAAAAAUUUCAGAAGCAUCCAAAAUAUCACAUCUGGAAAUGAUACAACGUGGUUAUGAAGACAUGAGCCACUUUUCAGCAGACUUGAGGAAAGGAGAAAGGCUUCUUAAAGAGAUUGAUUUCCAGAAAUUUGAAGAGGAGGAGGAUGAGCUGGACCAAGCGGAUGAGGCAGAGGAAGAAGAAGUUCACACUGAAGUUUCUGAAGGAGAGGAUGAUGUUGCCACUACUGUACUGCCACCUGACACUGCAGCAGAACUGAAACCGAUAGGCACCAGUGCAUUGCCGUUAGGGAAGGAAAGUGGUUCAGUGCCAGAGAUAGCUUUUCAACAGGCACCAGUUGAGCUGAGUGGGGCUCGUGGUGUUGAGGGAUCUCAGUUGGUGUCAACAGCAACAACUGCCGAUACUCUGCUUCACCCAACCUGCAAGAAAGCUCCGAUGUUGGAUAAGGCUGGCCCCAGUGUGGAGCUAAUGAGCAGCAGUUCAGGAGGCAGUAACAGUGAGAUCGGGUCAACAGGAUCCACUGAGAAAGGCACAAAGAAACCCGCAGCAGAUCACAGUUCGGCUGCACUUGAAGGGGAAGCUGAUGAAGCUAGUUCAGAUGCAGCUGCAUUGCAGACUGGUUCUGAACACGCUGCCCCGGACGGGGAUGAGGAUCAGAGUGGGAGUGAAGCGAAGAGUGGCAAAGGCGCUCGCCACGUGUUCUCCUUCUCCUGGUUAAACUGACUCCAACAGCAAAGCGCACAGAACAACGGCCCACAGUGAAAGAGAGAGAGGGAGAGAGAAUAUCCCUCAUCCAUCACUUCCCCCCCCCCAAAAAAAAAAAAAUUUAAAUUUUUUUUUUAAAUGUUCAAAACGUAACCUUCAGGUUUCUGCUGAACUUUGAUUUUUUUUAUAUCGCAAAAAGCGAGAUUUAAUUUCACCCGUUGUUCUGGUUCUAAGGCUCCACCUUAAUUUCACUUGACACCACCACACGAUUUGGAGCUGAUGGGGAUUUGGAAAAUAUCAGCGUUCAUUUUUUUUUUUAAGAUGCACCGAGAGGCGGGGUUUCUGGUAACCUUUCGGGACGUUUCCAACGAACUUCGGUUGACAAUCCGGGAAAUGUUAAAUAAUCUUUUAAGUUCUUACCUGGAGUGUGAAGCGAAGGAAUCUGCUCCCCAGACAGCUACAGGGCUGGCGAGGGGGAGAGACGCUUCAUGUCCAAAACAUGUUUUGAGACCAUGAAUAAGAUCGCCCACAUCUCCAAGGGCGCAAUGGUGUAAUUUUCAGCAAGAUCGUUUGCAAAUCUGAAUGAUAUCAAUUCAGAUUUCAGAUUUCAGUUAUGUGUGUGUAACGGCGCCUUUUCGGGAGUAAUAACCGCGUAGCAAUAACGCAUGGGAUUCAGGUGGGUUCAGAUUUAAUUGAUGAUAAAAAAAAAUCCUGUUCCCACCCCCCCACCCCACCCCCGAUCUGUUCGCUCGCUCCUAAAAUACAAGCUUCGGAGCAAAAACUUAUGAAGCCAUCAUUCUGUAACACGAGUGUGUUUAUUUCAGUGCUUCAAAUGCGUUAGUUUAUGCGCCUUUUGCAUCAGCAAACAAUUCCUUCCCGACAUUUAGAAAAUUCACCACAUCAUUUGAUCGACGAACACUGUUGGCUCCCCCCACCCACAAUAAAGUUAUAAAGCGAGCGUCACUUUGCAGCUUUUAUUAAAAAAUAUAAAUAUUAGACAUUCUCUGGCACAACAAAAAUGAUUGGGCACCGAUAUGUUUAUUAUCUAGAUUUCUACAAUGUCAGUUGAUCGUCAAAUACAAGUGUUAGAUUGAUUGAUUGAUUGAAAUGUACAACUUUAUAGUUUGACGCUAUAAAAAUAAAUGGGUAUAAUGUCAGAUCA